AUGACCUUGAAACCGAGCACCCCUGAAAGAACAAAGGUUUUUGAUAGGCGAGCAAUCAACAGAAAGAUUCAACGAGAAAUGGGCCAGGACUACACAAGCGCCGUUGACUACUGCUUACAGCAAGGCAUCACUCCUGAUCAGGUCGGAAUGGUAGAGCCCCAGAGGUUUCAACUGCACGUUGUGGAACCAACAAAUCUACAAGAACCUUCGCUGAUUCCAUCGCUCUGUCCUCAUUUCCAGAGAUAUACGGCUGAAGCUGUCCUGGGCGUGGUUGCUGGUGGUGCAGGCCUUGCUAGCCUUGCCGUGCAAUUACUUGAGUGCAUCCAGAAGCUCCACAAUCUACAUGCGAACAUUCGCGACGCUCCCAUAGAAAUCCGUGAGAUUCUUGAUGAAGUCGAUCUCUUAGACAACGUUCUCACCAGCUAUCAUAGUCUUCCUGGAGCGGACUUUGAAGCCUGUUUGGCACCGACGCUGGUGCAGAAGCAAGCUCUGGGCUAUUGUUUCAAAGUCCUCGAGAUCCUCCGCAACAUCGCUUGUGAACUCGAGACCACGAUGCAAAAGUUCAAAUUCAAGGCGAUGGAUAAACUGGGCUAA